AUGCCCUUGCCGAUAACUGUUGUAAGGCUGCUCCUCUUCACGGCUUGGGCCUCCCUGUCGUUGGCCAGACAAGUGGUGUUUGGUGACGGUAACCCCUGGUUAAGGGACCUCCGCGUAGGGCAAGUAAACUUCCUCCACACAACAGACACGCACGGAUGGUUGGGAUCACACCCGUCUCAAGAGGAUUACGACGCGGAUUGGGGGGAUCUCUUGUCCUUCGUGGAACACUUUAGAAGGAACAGGGUCCGUCCAGCUGGUGCAGAUCUGUUACUGAUCGAUACGGGGGAUAAACUCGACGGGACCGCAUUGUCAGAUGCCACGCGAUACCCGGGGGAGAAGUCCACCACUUUGUUCAACGAAUUGGAUUACGACCUGUUGACCUUGGGGAACCACGAACUGUACACGGCGGAGAGGGCAGAGAGAGAAUACUUCGACACGGCCAUCGCAAGUAAAUUUAGGGACAAGUACGUCGCCAGUAACGUCGUGUUUGUACCAAGCGAUGGCAGCGAGCCAAGACCGUUUGGCAACAAAUACGUGUAUCUGGAGACACCAGUCAACAAGAUAAGAUGCUUGGCGCUUUCAUUCAUGUUCUCCUUCGACAGGAGUAACGCUAGGGCCCGCGUCGUGCCGCCAGAGGUGGAAGUGCAGAAACAGUGGAUGCAAGACCUUGCCGCGAAAUAUACAAGCGACAACUUGGACUUGCUCAUCGUGUUCGGCCAUUUGCCCGCCACGGACCCAGAAUACCAUGAAAUAGAUACCCUUCACAGACACCUUAGAGACUUGUUCCCGGAUCUGACCAUCCAGUAUUUUGGCGGACACAGCCAUGUGAGAGACUUUGUGGAACUCGACAGUAGGGCAACGUGUCUGCAAAGUGGCAGGUUUGCGGAAACCGUCGGGUUCGUAUCAAUCGAUAACGUUACCGCCACAGAUCCUGUUUUCUCCAGGUUGUACAUCGACUUUAACAAGAGAUCUUUUAUGCAUCACGCAAGGGUGAAAGACUUGUACACAAAGAGGGGGGCGGCUCUGUCCCACAGAAUUGAAACUCUGAGCGACGAUUUGAAGUUACAGAAACAGUACGGUGUUGUCCCUCAAUCAUAUUACAUGCUAACGAGACCACUUGAGUCGCCAGAAAACAUUUACAAUCUAAUAAGGGCACACAUUUUACCUAGUUUGAACCCACACUGUGACAAAAAAAGGUUUGUCAUGUUGAACACGGGUGCCGUUAGGUUUGACCUCUACAAGGGGCCGUUUACCAAGGGCACAGAAUUUAGCGUUUUACCCUUUCCCAACACAUGGAGAUACAUCAAAUUGCCCUUCCGAAUCGCAUCUCAAUUGGAGACGUACCUCAAUAACGAACCCACAGUUAAAGUACUGUCACCUCCUGGCUCAAAUGUAAGUGUAUUGAAGAUCGCACAGCGUCCAGAUACAUGUCCAUUCAUUACUGACCCGAAACUUUCAGAGGGUUACACAACUUGGGACGAUUGCGGUUGCAAUGGCGAUGAUACGCAACACAGCUCACAAGCGAUGUAUCCGAUCCCCAAUGUCAUACAGUAUACAAAUACAGAAGAAAAUACGGACCCAGAUCAAGUCGUGGAAUUUGUGUUCUUUAGCUUCCUAGCUAACGAUAUAUUGAACGCUGCCAACGACUUGUCGGGGGGCAAGGGUAAGAUAUACACGGACAAGGAUUGUUUCGACUACCCUGGGAAAUCUGCCAAGAGAUUGUUACGCGACCAUAUCAUUAAAAUAUCCCACUAA